GCGCCCCCUCCCACAUCGGACAAUGGAACUCUGAGCAGGGAAGACCGCGGGUUAGGGAGUGGGCAUCUCGGCAGCAACACUUGAGAUCGGUCAAUGCCAUCCGCAAAAGAAACAUGGAUGAAUGACCAGCUACGGGGAACUAGUGAUGUUGCUGUAAGAAUGCCACCCCAGUACACUUCUCGCUUCUUCUCACUUUUUCUGGUCUUCUGCAACGUUUUGGGGACACUAGCGAAAUCCCUACCGGACCAGACAGCAGUUGAGGUGUCAGUCAAAGUUCAGGUCUUCGAUAACAGUGACCUAUCUCCCUUGGUGGACGCUGAUGUGCAAGUGUACGGAAACCAGUCGGUGCUGGCGUCCAGCAAGGCGGGCAAAGAUGGGAUGGUCACCGUCAGAUUCCUCUACCGCCCUGGCACCUGGGUCAUCGUGACGGCCUCGAAGCGCGGCUUCAUCACCAACUCAGCCCCUUGGCAUGCUAGUCGAAUACCCUUGUAUGCUUCAGUCAGCCUGUACCUUCUGCCUCAGAAGCCCGCCACACUCAUCCUGUAUGAUGACAUGGUUCAGCUGUUGCUCGGAUCCCCAGGGGCAAAGAAUCAGCCGUGGGUGCAACUCCAACGGAGAGCGAUCCGUGCCGGACUCAACACGUCCGAUCUGGCCCUCUCUGCUGUGUUGACCGCCGCCAGGAGCCAGUAUGAGAUCGGGGGCUUCCCCUAUCCUCUUGGCCUGGAGAACAAUGGCACAGGGCCCAACAGUAGCUGGGUGGAGCUGACGGCAGUGGCGGCGGUGUGUGCCCUCCUCUCGGCCCAGAACGGCAGCACCAUCCCCGUCUCUGAACCCAUCCACUUCUCCAUCCCCCUGCCCUCUGACUCGCCCCUCAAGAUGGCCACCAGCGUGCCUGUCUGGCGCUUCGACGAGCGCACAGCCCUCUGGGUGCGGAGUGGAGCAGGCUACAUUAGGAAAGAUGGCUCCCACAUGAUCUGGAGCUUUGUGGCUCCUCAGCUGGGAUAUUGGCUGGCAGCAUUCCCAUCCUCUACAGGCACCGCUCUGAACCCCUCUGGCCUGCGUGACAUCACCACCUACCACACCAUCUUCCUGCUGGCUAUCCUGGGCUCCAUGGCCCUCCUGGUCCUCAUCCUCCUGUGUGUUCUCCUCUACUACUGCAGGAGGAGGUGCCUAAAGCCGCGUGCUCCGCACCGCAAACGGCACCUGUCGUCGGCUCUGGACAGCUCCAAGCGGGACCAGUGCACCUCCACCUCCCAGCUGCACCUCAUCAGCAGCGGUCACCUGGAGACCGCCUCCUGCAUGGGCGACGGCGACGCCGUCAAGUCCGACAUCUCGUCCACGCGUGACCUGCACAGCUCACGCGAAGAGUUCUUCCGAAACGCUCCGACGUCUGCCUCCGCCGCACAAAAGCUGCGCCACUCGAAGGUGAACUCGGACACGCUCACGCGCCGUGGUGGAGGAGGAGGUGAUAGGGAGAGCUUCCAGUUGAAGGUGAGCUCCUCCACUAACACCACCAGUAACCUGGACCCACUUUUGCUUCGCGACGACUGUAGUGGCCGCUACAGUUCAGGGGAUGAUGGCAGCCACCACCACCACCACCACAACGCCAAGGACAACCAGGGCUACACCUCUGACCCCCCCUCGCCUCCCCCUCUCCUGCCCCCCUUUGCGGGACACUACCAGGAGGGCAAGCCCCCAGAAUACUCGGCCUCGCAGCCCCCGGUGGGCAACACCCAGGGCCAGCUGGUGUUCUGCCACUCCAUGGAGCAGAUGACCGAGAGCAUGUACCGGAGCGUGGUGCCCACGCUGGUCAUCCCGGCCCACUACGUGCAGCUGUCCUCCGACCUGUCGGCCAUUGAGCAGGCCAUGGAGCGCCAGCAGCAGCUGCAGCAUGACAUGGAGGGCAUCCAGGUCAGCAUGACCCUCCCGCGGCCAGGACAGGGUCAGAAGCAACAGCAGCAGCAGGACAACCAGAGCCAGCAGUCGCAGCCGAGGAGAGAGGAGGACGGUACUGGGGAGCAGGCACCGGGCGAGAGUCAUGAUGACGGCCGGAAGGACUGGGCGCCGGACCCCUCCUCGGGUCCUGUCCGCAUCCCGGUGCUGUUCAACGACUCCACCAUGGCGCAGAUGAACGGCGAGCUGCAGUCGCUGACCGAGAAGAAGUUGCUGGAGCUGGGGGUCAAGCCGCACCCGCGCGCCUGGUUCGUCUCGCUGGACGGCCGCGCCAACUCGCUCGUGCGCCACUCGUACAUCGAGCUGGGCGGCGAGGCCCCAGCGGGGCGCCUGCCCAUCAUCACCACCACGGGGAUGGAGCCCGAGCCAACCCGCCGGCCCAACUCGCGCUCCGGCAUUCCACAGCUGAAACACGGGGUGGGCGAGCGGGACGCGCGGAAGGCCAAGGACGCCGUCCCGGAGCAGCGCAAGCUACACGGCAAGUCUUACUCAAAGCUCCCGGUGAUCGAGCUGCCCGAGCCACCGGACGGCAGCGAUGGCAGUGAGAGCCACCAGGGGGCGAUCUACUCUCCUGAGGACGGCUCCACGGCACCACUGCUGAACGAGGACGUGCCACCACUCACCCGGGGGGACACCUUCCCGCGCCGCAACCGCAGCCGCGACAACAGUGCCCGGAGCAGCACCAGCACCGAUGUCCGCAGGGACUCGGCGACCAGCCCCGAUGAUGAUGGAGAGCAUUACGCUGAUGACAAAGACGACGAUGGAGAGAACAAGAAGAGCCCUUGGCAGAAGCGCGAGGAGAGGCCACUCAUGGUGUUCAAAUAGGAGGGAAGGAU